GCUUACUCUUCACAGUGGAGAUAACCGGUGUCAUGGCGAAAACAACAAAUAAAAACAAGAUCUUGCACGAAUUCUGUACUUUAAUCAGUCCUGCGUAAUGCAAGUUACACACCAGUAUCAUAUCCCAAUUACUGCUGAGUGAAUAAAACAUUUUUAGUUACUUUGAUUAUAUCUUUCGUUGAAAUCAGGAGAAUAUAAAUCUCAAAGAUCUACGUAUCCCUCAUUCCGGACAUGAGAUAAGACAGUGAUAGAUGUAUAUGUUUAGUGAUUAGCUAAUGUUGGCAAUUACAGCCAUUAAAGUUGAAGCUGCAGUGAAGUGGUGUAGGUUAGCUGAAAUCUGUCGUUGAAGUUUUUAUUUUAAAAACAGUCAUGAUGGGACGUCAAGGACCAUAUGAGAAUAUCAAAAAUAGGCAAACUGUUGGAAUAACACGACAUGAGAGUUACAGUAUUCUUGAUAUAGAAAUAGAUGAGAGUAUUGAAAGUACGCUUAGUUCAGGACUGUGUGAUUUAAAGGAAAAGGACAUUACUUUACACAAAUAUCAAGACAUUCCAGAGUUUCUGCAAGGAAACCCAUAUGUCACAGAAGGUUACAGGGUUUCUUUACCAUUUAGCCUGUGUCUGAAAAGUAUGUUUGUAUGGACUAAUGAGACGAUAAAUAUAUGGUCUCAUCUUGGAGGAUUUUUCCUGUUCAUUUUCUUCAUGCUGUAUGAUAAUAUAAUUGAAAUUCCACGCAAUGAUGGCACUUUGGCAGACCAUAUCAUUGUAACAAUAGGGCUAAUAUGUUACCAGUUUUGUAUGUUAUGUUCAGCUGGCUUUCACAUGUUUGGCUGCCAUUCAGAGAGAGCAAGUAAGCGAUGGUUAGCGGUAGAUCUUGCAGGAAUACUGGUUGGUGUUAUAGGAUGUUAUCUUCCAGCUGUACAUUAUGCAUUCUUCUGUCUAUCUAUAUGGAGAGAUAUUUAUUUAUUUACCAUAGCAGUAUUAACAGGAUUAGUUAUAUUUGUGCAAUUCCAUCCUCAAUAUUUCCACAAUCACUGGUUCAAACAGAGAAUGGCAGUGUAUAUUGGCCUCGUAGCAUAUGGUGUGAUCCCAGCUAGCCACUGGUUCUUUCUCAAUGGUGGAUGGAACGCCGAGAUAGUUAGGAUGUUCAUUCCAAAAGUUGUGACCAUGUACUGUCUUGGAAUGCUUGCAUUUUCCUUUUACAUAACAAAAUUUCCAGAAAGAUUCUUCCCAGGAUAUUUCAACUUCGUUGGAUCUAGUCAUAAUGCCUGGCAUAUUGGUAUAGUAGCAGCUUUCGUAUGGAUGCAGGUUAGCCUGUGGAAAAUGAUUACUUAUCGUAAACAAAAUCCUUGUUUUCAAAGACAGUGAGAGUCUGGCAUAUAAAAUAGACUAUGAAGAUAUAGAGGAAACUUUCUGCAGCCGGUGAGCCUGAAAUGUAGACAGGUUUAAUCAUAGUCUUUUUACACCUACUCCUACCAGAGAGCUGGGGGCAGGUUUUACCACAGGAUCAUUUCCACUACUGCCAGCAAGCUUCAAAUAUUUGCAGCUUUGACCGCUUAAUCAUUCAUUCCACACUUGUGCAGGAGAGCGUCUAAUGUGGGCAGCUUUGAUCUUUUUACUGCCAGAUAUUUACAAACUGGAGAGCUUCCGUAGGCAUCUUUGACUGCAGAUAUUUACACCACACAUAAACAGAAAAUAACAAUGCUACCUUAGUAUAUUUUUAAAGACUGUUAUUAUGUCAAAAGAUGGAAAAGGUUUAGACAUGUUUUUAUGCUCCCCUUCGUUGAAGGAUGGGUAUAUUGUUUUGCAGAUGUCAUGGUAUGUAGACCAAUUGGUUUCCAGAUGACAACUCAAGAACGCUUGAGCCUAUGAUCAUGAAAGUUGAUAGGGAGGUUGGUCAUGACCAGCAGAUGACCCCUAUUGAUUUUGAGGUCAGUCUGGCAAAGGUCAAUGUCACAGUGACCUGUAACAGAUAAAUGGUUUCCGGAUCGAGAACUCUUGUGCCUAGGAUCAUGAAAAUGAUAGGGAGAUUGAUCAUGACUAGCAGAUGAACCCUAUUGAUUUUGAGGCCAGUAGGUCAAAGGCCAAGGUCACAGUGACCCAGAACACUUAAACGGUUUCCGGAUGACAACUCAAGAACUGUUUGGUCUAGGAUCAUGAAAAUUGAUAGGGAGGUUGGUCACGACCAGCAGAUGACUUAGGCAUAGGAAAUAGAGAUCAAUAUAAUUGCACCUUUACUAAUCCUACCAGGUGUUCUGUAUUACAAAAGUGGAUCUAUUGUGACAUUUUGAUACAAGCAAAACUGUAUUAUCUGCACUAUUAUUUACCUACUGGUACUUCGUUUUAUUAUUGGCUUGUUAAAAGUUAAUUUUUUACCAUAUGUAAGUUGACAGAAUCAUAGGAACCAUGUCUUGAGGGGUAAAUCAAACACAAAUAAAUAAAUCCUUAAUGAUUUUGUUGUGCAAAAAAGUAUGAUAUUGUGUCUUAACAGUUUUCAUUUUCCACUCAAUUGUGUAAUUGCAAGGGAAGUAAACUAAUAAAUCUCUACUUAUAAGUACUAGUCCAAGGCAAGAGUUGUCAUUCUUCGUGGAUCACAACUUUAAAUUAAAAAUUAAAACUUCUGUUAUUGAUAUUAACAAAACUAUCAUAAACUUCACAUUUGUGAAAUCAUUUUUGAUUAUUUCAAGGACUUGGAAAUCAAUUUCUAGACUUUAUUUAAUGUAAUUCUAUCACUGAAAAUUUUAGGGCCUAUCUCUAGAUGACUCCUAUUGAUUUUGAGAUCAGUAGGUCAAAGGUCAAGGUCAAAGUGACUUGGAACAGUUAAACCGUUUCCAGACUUGAGAAUGCUUGGGCCUAGGAUCACGAAACUUGAUAGGGAGGACCAGAAGAUGACCCCUAUUGAUUUUGAGGUCAGUAAGUCAAAAGUCAAAGUGACCCAGAACAGUUAAAUCAUUGACGAUAACUUGAGAACGCUUGGGUUUAGGAUCACGAUACUUAAUAGGGAGGUUGAUCAUGACCAGCAGAAGACCUCCAUUGAUUUUUAGGUCAUUAGGUCAAGGUCACAUUGACCUGGAAUAGUAGAACUUUUUAGUACAUUGACCAAAUAAUUUCUGUUCCUUGUGCAAUUACUGAAUGCAUUUUCGUGUUCUACGAGCUCUUGUUUGUAUCAAGACUAUGGUAAAGUGUCAGGGUUGCAACAAUGUUAUUUUGUUUCAGAAUACUUUUGCAGUUAACCAGCAGGGUAAAUAUUUCCAUUUUUUGCCCCAACCUUUAUAAAAGCUUGGGCUGGUUGUGUGUAUAGUGUUACCUGUCUGUGUGUGUGCACAAAAUCUUGUCCGGCCAGUAACCUUGUUGUGUAUUGUUGGAAUUUGAAAUAAAUUGGUACAAUCAGCAUAACAAGACAACUUGUCAAGUGCAACAUCCAGACCACUAGUUCAAAGGUCAAGGUCAUACUUAGAAGUCAAAAGAUUUUCAGUCAUUUUUCUUGUCAAGCCCCAUGUGGUUCUGGGACGAUCUCUGUAUGAAAAGAAUUGGAACCACUGCCUUACCCUUGCAUGAUCGAAAGAGGCGACUAAUAGGGUCUUAACACUUGGUUUUGCAGUAACUCUGUGAUUCCAGCAGGUAUGCAAAUUUUGAUUCCAUACCUCAUGUUUUUAUUUCGAUGUGGAACCAAAAUUUGUAGUCCUGUUUGGUGCCAUAUAACCUAUACUGUGUUGGUGCGCCAUAAAACAUUGUACCCAAAUAAAUAAAUAAAUAAAUUUUCUUUUCAAACCUUUAUGCAUGGAUGGAUAUUCAACCAGCUUGGCAAAAUCAUUCCCCGUAAAUAGAUGAUGUGUUGUGUUAAAGAUCCAUACCCCUGCCUUAAAGGUCAAUGAUUUGAGGUAAUUUUCCAUGUCUGCUCUAUAACUUUUUUAUGUGCUCAUUGAUAUUCAAAUAACCUUGCACCAAUAUUCAACAAAAUAUCACUUAAGUGUCAUGUUCAAGACCAAUGCCUCAACCUAAAAGGUCAAGGUUGCACUUAGAAGUUUUAACUUUUUGUAACCUGAGUCUGCAACUUGUUUGAAUGGAUGUUUGAGUAGCUAGGCACAAACAUUCAACUUAAUCAAACAAUGAGUUUUGUGCAUCCUACUGGUAGAUCCAAAGUUAAAGGUGAAGAUCAGCUUUAGAAUUCGGUUCUUACAUCUGUAACUUUAGUAUGAAUGGACGAAUAUUCAUAUAACUUGGCACAAACAUUUGUCAUUACUAGAUGAUGAGUCAGACAGUCAAGGUCACAUGUAGAGGUAGAUGGGUCUAUAAAUUUUGUAAGUGCAAGACUAUAUUACAAAAUGCGCAUUUUGUAAUAUAGUCGUCUAGAAAAUACUUGUCACCGGGUGGUCAGAUCGGAGGACAUGGGAAGGUCAGAAUGACGGACAUAUCGUCAGUUUUGGUAUCCUUUGAUCCUGUAUGAAAAAGGGCUCCGAGUAGAAUCUCUCAAGUUCCCAGGGUCAGGGGAAAGACGUGUUUCUUUUAUUAGUUUAUACUAAUUUAUUUUAGCUUGAUUGUGAUGGAAGCUUCAAGCUUAUUUUAACCACUCUCGAGUCCGCUUCCUGGAAAAACCAGUACUGGUGUCAUAUGAGAAGUCAUGGUCGUGACCCCAGUGGGGCUCGAACCCACGACCCCUGGAUUGAGCGGCCGACACCUUAUCCACUAGACCACCGCUCCCCUUUCUUUUAUUGAUAACACUGCCUCUUUAUACUCUAUAUGUUUGGACAUUUCUAAUAAUUCAGUUACAAUGAAUAAAGAAAACUAUAUGUUAUAUGAUUCUUCAUUACCCCUCUUAGUUAAACCAGCAACAUAAGAUUGUAACAUCUAAAUCAAAGGUCAAGAUCACACUUGAGAGGCCAAGAUUUUAUAUCAUUUUUCUUGUCUGUAUAUCUGUAACUUUUAUACAUAGAUGAAUAUUCAAAUAACUUAGCACAAACUUUCACCAUAAGACUGUGUAAUACUGUAAAAUCACUUAAUUUCGUGGGCAAGAAAUUUCGUGGUUUUGGGCAAAACUGAAAUUUCGUCGGGAUAUGAAUUCGUGGAUUUCAACUUUCCAACAUAAUAUAAGUGGGAAUUUUACUUGUUCGUUGGGAUUAAAUUUUGUGGAUUUACUCACCCACGAAAUCAAUGAAAAUUAGUCCCCCAAGAAUAUUAAUGAUUUCACAGUAAAUCGUUUUAAAGGUGAAAUAAAUAUGAACUGUCAUGUUUCUUUUCCAGUCCAUAACCUGUCUACAGGUUCUAUUGUCAAAAUGCCAUUAUUCAAAGGACUUGAAUUUCACAAAACAGGGUCAUUCAUGUUCUACACAUUAUUAGUUUCUGCAUAAUUUUGAUCAUUUUAAUCCAUUUUAUUAGUAUUGUUCAUCUCAGUCGAUUGCAGUUUCAAUAUUAAA